AUGUUUGUCAUGAAUGAUAUACAUCUUUUAGAGAGCAAGUCCAAUGUCUAUCCGCAGUUACUCAAGUGUAAGUCUCUAGCGAGGAUUAUUAAAGCCAAGAGGACUCCUUCCUGGCCGACCAUACCAACAAGAGAGCUGCCUGAAAAGCAAGUUUGCGACAAGCUCAUUGAUUGCUAUAUGAAGACAUCGGAGAGCGUAUACAGGAUUCUGCACCUCCCGUCCUUCAUGAGGGACUACGAAGAGUUGUGGGAGCCCGGCGCUUAUCCAGACAUAGCGUUCAUCGUUCAUCUCAAGCUCAUACUGGCCAUUGGCGCAAUGUCUUACGACGAUGGAUUUUCCAUGCGUCCCUCCGCAAUCCGUUGGGUAUACGAAGGACAGACUUGGGCAGCGGAGCCCGAGUUCAAAGCCCGGUUAGGCAUUCAGUUUAUACAAACGCAGAUAUUGCUGCUGCUGGCUCGAGAAAAUGUUGGUGUCGCUGGCGACUCGGUCUGGGUGUCUGCAGGCGAGUUGGUCAGAAGGGCUAUGCACAUGGGCCUGCAUCGAGAUCCGCGUCACCUACCAAAGCGGUCCCUCUUUGCAACUGAGAUGCACAGAAGGCUGUGGAAUACUAUUCUUGAGAUGCUCCUGAGAAUGAGCCUCACGUCAGGUGGCCCUCCGCUCAUUCGCCUCGAAGACUUUGACACGGAACCUCCCAGCAAUUUCGACGACGAGCAGCUCAUGAUCGAGGCCUCAGUCGAAAAGCUUGAAAGUGAAUACACAAGCAUGUCGAUUGCGAUAGCCCUUCGCAAGACAUUUGCUGCUCGGCUUACAGUGACCGCGUUCCUGAACGACCUCUCCUCGUGCGGUACAUACGAGAGAACGCUGGAACUAGACGUCGAACUACGGUCAGCGUACAAGACUCUUUGCCAGACCCUUGGAAGAUUCAAGUCUCAAUCUGGGGGAACAUCCGGUCCUUCUCCACUGGAAUUGCGUUUUGUAGACUUCAUCAUGCAACGAUACAUGUCGGCUCUCCACACGCCGUACCUCAUCCCAGCGAUGCGCCAAACGAAAUACGCCGUGUCCCGUAAACUCGCCGUCGAGGCGGCUCUCAAGACCUGGUCCGCAAUGUAUCCCUCUUCGGCCAUCAUGGCCCCGCAUGUCCGCCAAGAUGCCUCCAACUCGUCCGAGGAAGACCUCCUCUCACGUCUUUCCUGCUGCGGGGUGGGCUUCUUCAGAAUCGCCUCUUUACAAGCAAGCCUGCUCAUCGCCGCCGAAAUCGACAACCAGCUCAGAGAAGAGCAAGGUCUCGUCCCUUCGCCCUUCCGAGCAGAUCUCCUCUCCGUCAUCCAAGAAUCCAAGGAAUGGUGCCUCCAGUCCAUCAAAGCCGGUGAGACGAACGUCAAGGGCUACAUGGUCAACUGCGUCAUAGUCGCCCACGUAGAAGGUCUAAUGCAGGGUCUCGACCAACAAGAAAUCAGUCCAUUGUUUCUCAAAGCCGCCGAAGAUGCUAUAGAGGAGUGCCUUGCGAUAUUAGAAGAACGAGCCGGUCAAAGUCAAGACGAAGGAGCGGAUGCGUUAGACAUAGGAAUCCGGGCACAGAGCCCAGAUUGGGAUUUCUUGGUAUCGGACGCCAUGUUUGCCUACAAUGGAGGCGUAACAGAACCCAUAAACUGGAUGUUUGAAGGCGUCCAAUAG